AUGCAACAGUCUUUAGAACAAGCUUUGGAUCGUGCAGAGUCUGUCAUAGAAAGUGCCCAACAAAGUCCUCCUAAAAGGAAAUGUUCACCUACUGGGGAACAAUCUCUCCAUGAAAAACUGUACAACAUCUAUGUUGAAGAAUGUGAAAAAGAGCCUGAAGUGACAGAGGAGUUAAGGAGCAAUGUGAACCUGUUAGAGAAGCUCGUGGCCCGAGAGUCCUUGCCAUGUUUAGUGGUCAAUCUAUACCCAGGAAAGGAGGGCUAUUCUCUGAUGCUCAAGGGAAAUAAUGAAUCCUAUUCAGAGUCCAUCCGAUUGCCCUAUGAAGAAAGGGAAUUUCUGGAGUACUUGGAUGCGGAACAAUUACCCCCCGUUUUGGUGGAUCUCCUGGAAAAGUCUGAGAUUAAUAUUUUUCAUCGUGGGUGUGUCAUCGCGGAAGUGCGGGACUAUCGGCAGUCGAAUGCUGCGGAUCUCCCCAGCUACCAGAGCAGGCACCUUCUCUUACGGCCAAGCAUGCAGACCCUCGCUGCGGACAUGCACGCAAUAGCCGGCGAUGACCCGAGCUGGAGCCAGGACGACAAGCUGCUGCUGGAGAGCGAGCUGCUCUUAGCUACGGCCGAACCCCUGUGCCUUGACCCUUCUGUAACAGUAGCCUGCACGGAAAACAGACUGCUCUACAACAAACAAAAGAUGAACACCCACCCGAUGAAGCAAAACUUCAGGAGGUAUUCAGUGCCUUCUCUGAACAGGGAGCAGGAGUUUCCUCAUUAUCUACAUACUCCUGAGCUAAGAGGAUUAACUUCUUGUAAAACAGAGCAAGAAAGUAUAACAGGUGAACAGUGUGACCUCAGAUUUCCUAUUGCAGGAAGGUGCAUAGAUACAUGGAAACAGAGACCCUGUGACUUGGCCAUACCAUCUGAAGUGGAUGUGGAAAAGUAUGCCAAAGGAAACAAGCCUGUUGUAGGUGAGGAUUCAGAACCAACAAUUUGGCCAACCCAGGAGGUAGACGAUGCUUAUUUAUUUGGAAGUGAAGUUGGUGAUCAGUACCAGAAAACAAAACUGCCCUUCAUGCAGUCACUUAAUGAUCCACUUUUCUCUGGAAAAAUAAGGUCACAUAAAAAUGUCAAAUACAAGAAACAAAUGUCUCCCUCACAAUGGUCUACAUAUGACCAAUCAGAUAGUUUCAUACCUGGGUCAAAGACUGAUGCUGGGAUUAUAGUUAGUCAGUCUGAGGAACUGAUCCAGGAGAAAGCCAUCUAUUCAGUCAGCCUGUCAUAUAGCGACAGUGAGUCACCUAGUCUUAGUCAACUUUCUCCAGAGAAAGAAACAGAACAGUUUGAGAGUAUGUUAAUUCAGUCUUCAAGUAUGCUAGUACUGGAGGAGGGAGUCAAACACCGACCUCUAUUCACCACACUUUCCUCAAGCUCAGAAAAUAGUUCCCCAGGGAACAAUUUUAUUCCACAACAGGCAAGCUGCUUUCUUAGAUCUCCAUCACCUGUUCCUGCUUCGAAGUCACCAAGUCUUUCUCAGAAAUUCUCUGUGGAAGUGGGUCAUGUUGGCAUCAUUCCUGGAAUCCCAGCUCCAUCAACUGUCAGCUCCUCACAGAGAAUGCCAGUUACCCAAGUCAUGACCAGCCCCUCUGGCCUGAACAUCAUCAAUGUGGUGGGCCCUGUUCUUGGAACUCAGGCUUUGGUCAGUGGGACCCAUACUGUGCAAGGUUCUACCCCUGGGGCCGUAGUUCCUGCAGAAAUCAAGCCUCCUAGCCAGACCUCAGGAGGAGAGACAUCAAAUGUGCUGCCUGGUGCAUUGCAGGAAACAUCUCAAAUGGGUGUUCAACUAUUUUUAGAAAAUAAUUCAAGUCUUGGACCCUUAACUGUACUCCAGGUUCCACAAGGUUCACUCAUUUUGAACACCCAGCAGCAGCCACAGAAGCAGCAGCAGCCACAGAAGGGGCAGCAGCCACAGAAACCUUCCGCUUCUUGUCCUCAGCAACCAGUGUCACGGGGUUCAAGUGCACAAGGUUCAGCUAGUCAGGCAGCGCCCUUAUCUGCUCAGCAAGCGGUUGUCAUUAACCUCACUGGAGUGGGAACUUUUAUGCAGCCCCAGCCCCGGCUGCAACCCCGUCCUCCGCCACAGCCGCAGCCGCAGCCGCAGCCGCAACCGCAGCCGCAGCCGCAGGUGGAACCACAGCUCCAGCCACAGCAGAUACAGUGGGGCAUCUUGCAGCACCCCCUGGCGAUGGCGACGGUAGCCACCCAGUCAGCUCCACCACACCCAGGGACUGAGGAUACCGCCACACCAGUCAAAAGCUGUCCUCAAGGUUUUUCUCAUGUCCUCAAGUUGGAUGAAAACCUCAAAUGGGAACUUGUUUCCACCCUCUGA